UUAAUCGGCCAAGAACAGAUUUGAAAUGUCGGCACUGGUGGAAAAAAAGCCUGUCAGUGAACAGGUUUGGUGCACUUUUGCGUUCUCUUCCUCAAGGUGGCCGCCAUCUGUCGUUGCAGGAAACAGUCCACCAUGUCCAUCAUCAUCCGACUGCAGAACUUGCCUUGGGCUGCAAACUCGCUGGACAUUCGUCGCUACUUCCAGGGCCUCAGCAUUCCCGAGGGCGGUGUCCACAUCGUCGGUGGCGAGAAGGGGGACGCCUUUAUCGCCUUCGGCAGCGACGAAGAUGCGCGCCAGGCCAUGGAACGUGACGGUGGUAAAAUCAAGGAGGUCCGCAUCAAGCUACUGCUUAGUUCACGCGCCGAGAUGCAGCGCAUCAUCGAUCAGGCGCGCGCUCAGCACACUGCACCCCCGCCCAUCAAGAAAGAAGAGCGCCGCCGCUCCAGUCCUGAUGACCGCUCUCGAAGGCCACCACGGGACCGUUCACCGAGGCGCCGGUCGUCGCGGCGGGACCGCAGUCACAGCCGCUCGCCACCGUACCGUAGCAGGGACAAGGACCGAUCGAGAUCGUCGCGUUCCGACGAGCGCCGCCGAAGUUUUGAUGACCCUGGCCGAGCACCUGAGCCCGCAAAAGUUUCUAAUGGCCAGACGUCGGAACGCAAGGGUGGUUGGGAUGAAAAGCCACCUUACACAGAUCCAAGCAAAGCGGCACCUCCUGUCUUCCCUAUCGGUAACAUGAAGCAGGCGGCACGGCCGCAAAGUGACGUCAGCCCGGCGGCACCAAUGAACAUGGCUUGCCAACCCGCAGCUCUCCCAAACUUGGCGGCUUUCAACCUGCCUCCUGUUAACUUAAUGAACAACCUGCCUGGUCUUGCAGCUAAUAUGAUGAGCGGUUUAAUGGGCCCUACUGGUGGCGACAUGAUGGUUGGCAUGACGGGUAACAUGGCUGAAGGCAUGCCUGCUAACAUGGCCAAUAAUCUUCCCACCAAUCUUGCCGGUCAAAUCGGCGGUGGCAUGCCAGGCAGCAUGCCCGCCAAUAUGGCCGGAAGUAUGCCUGGGAACAUCGCUAGCCAAAUGCCUGCUGCCAUUCCAGGUGGUUUGGCUGCCAACAUUCCUGGAAAUAUGCCUGGUCAUAUGGGGGGCAUGACAAACGCUGCCGGUGGCAUAGGCGCCAAUGUGAGUGGCGGGAUGGCUGCUGCGAUGCCUGGUAACGUGCCUGCCAACAUGCCGGGUGCAUUCGGGAUGGCUGACGCGAUGGGUGCGCCAAACAUGGAAAACAUGGCUCCCGGCUUCGUAGAUCGGCGUUUGGAUGGCAGUGGCCAAGUUGAGCGAAAGAGCGAAGGAGGACCUCCUGGUGGAGCUCGCGAUGUGCCCCCACGUCAUGCAGAGGAGAGUUGCUGUGUCGAACUGCGUGGCCUUAGCGGUGCGCCGACUCCGCGGAAUGUGAAAGAUUUUUUCCGAGGACUACGUAUAUUCAGUGGCUGCAUUCGUGUGGCCACUUCUGAAACUGGCAUAAAGAGCGUGGUGGUACGUUUCGCCAACAAGUGGGAUGCUCGUGAAGCUAUGCAGGGUGACUACAAAGUACUGUGUGGAGAUCCGAUUCAGAUAGUUCCUUUUCCUGAAGACCUUUUUGAGCAAACUGAACUGCUCGUAUCCCCAUCUGCUGCACUACCAAACCAGGGUCGCAACCUUGAAGCGGACAUGGUCGUUGUAAUGAAGGGCCUUCCUUACAAUACCAGCGAGCAAGACGUACUGCAGUUUUUUUCGGGGCUCAAUGUUCUGGACAUAUUAGUGGAGCAUGAUCGUAGUGGUCGUGCAACCGGCAUGGCAUUUGUGGAAUUUGGUGACAAGCGAGACUUUGAAACGGCCAUGAGCAUGCAGAGACGGAAAAUAGGCCACCGUUACAUAGAACUCUCUGUUGGCACUCGUGAUGCCAUGUGUGCGGCCCGAAACGGCGAUAAUAUCAGGCCAGAUGGCAUGCCGGUGGGUCGGCGAGAUGAAGAGCAUGGGCAUGGAGUGGGCCCUGACCGCGGCCCUGAAGUAGGCCACGGGCCGUUGCAUGGACCUGGAAUGGGCCCGGCGGGGCCGGCCCACGGGGCUGGCCAUGUGCUCGUGCCACCUGGACACACCUGCGUUUCCAUGCUUGGAUUGCCGAACACUGUGACUGACAGAGACAUCGCUGACUUUUUCAGCAUUCAGGGGGUCAUACCCCGUGCCAUUCAUAUUAUGCUCGGAGCAAAUGGUGUGCCCACCGGCCACGCGUUUGCCGAGUUCGGAACUCAUGCUGACUGUGAGAGGGCAUUCCUGCAAGACGGUGCUAACCUUGGGCCGCACUUGAUAGCGCUCAAGACGAUCCCGUAUAGCGAAGUUGCGCAAGCGUUGGGAGGGCAUCACCGUCCCGACGGCCGGCCAGACGGUCGUCCUGAUAACCGCUAUGACAAUCGCUUUGAUGGUCGCUUCCAUGACCGCGGUGGUGACGGUCGGCCUGAAAGACCGGGCAUGCGGCCAGAGGGGCGCUUCGAGUCGGGACCGCCGGGGCCGCCAGGGCCGCCUCUGCGCGACCGCGAUGGUCCGCCUAAGCGGCCACUGCUCGAGCGUGCGUCAAGGCCACCUCUGUUCCCGGAAGGUGGACCCCGUCGUCCCCCUCUCUUCCCGGACCGCGGAGGGCCCCUUCCUGACCGCGGAGGGCCCCUUCCUGACCGCGGAGGGCCUCUACCUGACCGCGGAGGGCCUCUUCCUGAUCGUGGAGGGCCACUGCUGAGGGCGCCACGCCACGAGGAACCGCCGCUGCCGCCGCGCGGCAUGGAUAGCUUCGGCAAGCCAGGUUGCGUCGUCACCGCCACCAAUAUUCCUUACCGUGCGGGUGUCGAGGAUAUCAUAAACUUUUUUCAGGGCUUCGAAUUGACCAAAGAGAAUGUUAUGCGGCGUUUCAACGACCGGGGUCAGGUGACGGGUGACGCACGGAUUGCUUUUCCAACACCGCGAGACGCGCAGGAAGCCCUCGCAAAGUUCAACAACCGACCGAUGCAAGGCAGAGCCAUCUCCCUGGGCCUGCUGUGAACUCUCUGAUCAUCACAUUCAUUCAGUGUGCAUAUGUGUGUUUUCGUUUGAGUUAAGCAGGACAGUACUUGAAUGUGUUAUCAUGAACUUCAUUGUCACUGUACAAAAACCAUCAUCGAAUGUUAAACUGCCGAUGUUGGCUUGCAUGCAAGUUAUUAAAGGUCACGUCGGUCUCUGU